AUGAUGAGCGACGAACCCAACGACACCGCCGUGGCGACGAGCCCUGACCCCACAGAAGAGGUGGACGCGGCGGGUGCGGCGGAUGCGGAGUGUGCGGCGCCCGUGGAGGCAGUGCCCGUGGAGGCAGCACUGAACCCUGCAGAUGAGGUCGACCAGCUGAAGGCUGAGCUGGCAAGACGAGUGAAUCAACCAGCUUCGAAGUUGAGCUUCUUAGAGCCUCUUCCGCCAGAAUUGCUUCGCAAUAUUUGUGAAACCUUCGAUGAAGCUGGAACAAAGGAUGGUAAGAUGCUGCAACGACUGGAAGCCUACACCAGGUCAAUUGCUCGAAGAAAUCAUUUGACGCUGGAACCUCCAAGCCAUCCCUCGCAGGACUAUGGCAGAUACGGAUCGGCUGAGGCAAUAGAAAAGAGAGUUGAAGCCUUUGUUCACGACUUGGACAUGGACGAGAAUACUCUGGACCUCAUCCUAAGCCUGGAGCACAAGUUGCAAAUCGAGGUCAUCGAGCAGUUCGAAGUAGAGGGCACCCGAGACGGCAAUGUGCAGAAUCGAUUCUUCAGCUUUGUCCGCGGUGUUUGGCUGCGAGCUCUUGGAGUGAGCCGUGAAGUGGGCGACCUUAUAAAAGACUGUCCCGAGGAGCUGCAAGCAGAUAUCAUCAAAAACUUCGACCCCAAGGGAACCAAGGAUGGCAAUUUGUCGGCCCGACUUCAAAGCUUCGCCACCCUGCUCUGGCGCAAUUCAAAGACCGGCCGGGCCUACAAGAAGCAAGCGGACUGGAACCUGGAUGUCUUCGUGAAACACUGGGGGUUGGAGCCAUGGGCUCUGAAGGUGCUACGGGCACUGCCUCCCGAGGUGCAAGAGGAGGUGCUAAAUGGCUUCGACGUGAGCAGCACGCGGGACGGUUAUAUCGCGGGCCGUUUCUUGGGCUACGUGCGGAGCAAGUGGGCGAGGCACCUGGAACUCGACGAACAAUGUUGCUAUGCGAUCAAGCGCCUGCCUCAAGAGGGCCAAGUGAUGUGCAUCACUCAAUUUGAUCCAAGAUCAACCAGAGAUGGAAACGUGUCGGCCCGUAUGAGGGGUUUCCUCUGGAAGGUUGAUGCGCAACUGAACGACGCAGCUUACCCAGAAGAGUACAGUGGAUGGAGAGGUCGUGGCUUUCAGGACCAUGGCUCGCGACAGUCAUAUGACAGCUGGGGCCCUGCUCGGCAUGAGAAAUCCUACAGCUACGAGAGCUUUGGUGGCUACCAAAAGUCCGAUUCUCGAGAUUCAGGAAUGAGGGACGCUAUCCUCAAGUUUGUGGCUCGCUGGGACUUGGACCUUGCUGUAGGUGCGUACUUGGAGAAGUUGAAGGAUCCGGAUGUUGUGGCGCGGGUUCUGGAAGAGUUUGAUCCCAGUGGAACACAGGAUGGCAAUGUGCUGUUCCGUUUGAAAUCCUUCGUGCGACUGCUGUGUUCGCGGCGCAAGCGUGGCGAGCUGCACUUGGAUGAAGAGUACCAGGAGUACCAGGAACCUCAAGCGCCGAGUCGAUUGAGGAAAGAGAAGUGGCAGAAGAAACCUCACACCUGA